UACAAGGGUAUCUCUACGUUCUUAUCUGUUCUAUAGAGUUUAGUGUUCUCUCUGUGAUCAGUUUCCAUGGCUAUGGCACAUCUAAUAUCUUCUCCUAACGUCUCUUCACUCUCAACUGGUGCAAAUCUUUGGGACAGGAAACUCUCCUUCAACAGUAUUUACUGUGAAAUUGGUACUUUAAGUUCACAUGGAUCAAAAGCUUCUAAGCACAAUAUAAAAGCUCAGAUACAGUAUAAUAUUCCUUUGAGGUUUCAACAAUCACCUUUUAAUUAUCACUACAAAAGCAUCGAAAAAGGAGCAAUAUAUGAAGAAAGCAAUAAAAGUUAUGUUGUGAAAGCCGUCAAUUUACCAUCUUCUGAGUCAGAAUCUGAAGCUUCCAACUCCAAUAACAUUGUCGACUCUGUCAAAAAUUUCGUGGCCGCUUUGUACCAAUUUAUUUACCCUUACGCAAUGUAUGGUCGAUCAUCAGCGGCAAUUUCUGCGUCUCUCGUUGCAGUAGAAAAAUUAUCAGAUAUAUCUCCGUUGUUUUUUAUUGGUUUGUUACAGGCUUUGAUACCUCACUUGUUUAUGGAUCUUUUUGUUAAUGGCGUGAAUCAAGUGUUUGAUUUUGAAAUAGAUAAGAUAAACAAACCAUAUCUUCCAUUGGCUGCUGGGAAAAUAUCCUUCAGAAGUUGUGCAAUUAUUGUUGCCUUAUCUGCAAUUUUGGGUUUAGGGCUUAACUUCAUGAUAGGUUCUCCUGCAUUGAUUUGGAACUUUGUGUUGUCCGCAACAUUAUGGACUUGCUAUUCUGCCAAUUUGCCUUUAUUACGAUGGAAGCAAAAUCCGGUGCUGGCAUCAUUACUCAUGUUUGUUACUUGGGCAUAUAUAUUUCCAAUUACAUACUUCUUUCAUAUGCAGACGUUUGUGUUGAAGAGGCCACUUCUGUUUACAAGAUCUCUGAUUGUUACUAUGCUGUUCAUGAGUUUCUACUCUACUGGUAUAGCAUUAGCCAAGGAUAUACCUGACGUAGAAGGAGAUAUAAAACAUGGCGUUGAUACUUUCGCAGCAAGUUUAGGCCAAAAAAGACUAUUUUGGAUUUCUGUUGUCCUUUAUGAAAUGGCAUUUGGAGUUGCCUUCUUGGCAGGAGCAUCAUCCUCUUUUCCCUACUUGAUUAAAUUUGUCACGUGUCUUGGAAAUGUUGUUCUUGGUUCAAUUCUGUGGUACCAGACCAAAUACGUAGACGUGACAAAUCCAGCUUCCACUAGAUCCUUCUAUUCAUUGAACUGGAAGUUAAUGAUGGGAGCACACGUUCUCCUUCCUUUAAUUAAAUAAAUGCAACACAAUAACAUACAGACCCUUCGACUUCUAAAUGAUCAUCUAAAUUUAUUGAAGCCAUAUAUGUGUUCCCUAUAUUCAAUGAGUUUUGCAUCAUUAAGAUUAUAUUUGAGGAAAUGAGUUCUUUGAGAAUAUGAUAUGAGUGGACUGAGUUUCUUUGUGAUGUAAAGUGUUAUUUUAUAAAUACACUCAAUAUAAAAUCACCUACCACAUGUCUUUCGUCUUAUAUUGUGUUGGUUGGUACCAGACAGAGUGUAACGCAGCAGAAAGCGUGUUCGGUCACUUUUUUAAAAUAAAUUGGUCUGUUUUUAGAAAAUCAAUUUUCUUUCAGAAAAUUUAUCGAACAGUUGAUAUGCGUAAAAGAUAAAAAAUAUAGGGAAUAGAAAAUCACACGAGUAAUUUUUAUACUGGUUCAAUUCAACAGAAUCUACAUCCAGUCGUUAAUCACUAUAAAAAGUGAUUAACAGUUCCACCAAAAAGAUGUUUCACAGAUUACAACAAAUAGUGAAUAAAACAGAUAAAUAAACCUUCCUUCGAUGAACGAACCGGAAGGAGAACACUCUGCCAACUCGAAGAGAACCGCUCCGACUAUCGACAAACGAAACGCGAGCUUCUCCUAUUCACGAGACCAGGCAGAGCACCUUGCUAACUCGAAGAGAGCUUGCUCCGACUAUCGACACACGAAACACGAGCCUCUCCUGUUCACGAGACCAAGCAAGGAAACUUGAACUAUAGCUUCUGAGAACUUCCUCUAACAAACAGUAUUCUGCAAGAGCUUCUGUUCAACGACUAUCUCAUUUUGAACUUCACAAAAACCCAAUAUAUAGCCACCUGUUCUGAAUAUCUAACGUUUGUUAGCAAAAUGAUGAAGAUGAAGUUUUGAUGAUGUCCAAAUCAAGUCAAGAAGAAAUCAAGAUGUUAGGAAGACUUGUAUUGCUAUGGAAAAGCUUUUGUAAUAAUUAUAAUUUAGUGUCUAGGACUUAGACAUUUGAGUGUU